CAAUUUCUAUUAGUACGUCAAAUAAUUUCAUUCGAAACGUUUUGGCAUUCUGCUAGUUUCUCUCUCUUCUUAAUUGGAAGAGAAAUUGAAUGGGAAAAUUGAAAAACACGUGUCCGAAAAUGUUUAAAAUGUAUAAAAUACGAAUGAAGCGUUUGAAUUUCUUCGACAUUUCGCGGGCUUUCCACAGUAUUUGACCAAUCAGGAAGAUUACGGUAUUUUGAGAAGUGCGCGUGACCGUGUUUGAUUAGUUGUAAUCCGUAUCUCGUACGAGUUAAGUGCAAGUGAUUCGCGUUUUUUUUUGGAUUUUUAAUUGUAUUGAUAACGAAAAGGAAAAUGGAUAGCGAAGGGAACUUUAUCGAAAUUUCCACAAUUUUUGUUACCGGUUUCGUCGGUGUUUGUGUGCUGUUGUUCUUUUACAUAGUUAGACUGCUCAAUGCUGAAAAUAAAAACGUGGACGAUAGAGGAAAACAUGAGAAACGUUCCGAGCAAGUUGAGAAGAAGAAAGAAAGUGUCGUUUCCAAAAGUAAGAAGAAAGUCUCAGUGGAAGGACGGUGGACUGGCCGUUCCGACAAGCAGUCCUACACUCACCCUUGGCUACUUACAUCGUUGAAGGGGCACACCUCCGAAGUGCUCGACAUGGAUUUCUCUAGCAACGGAAAAUAUCUGGCUUCCUGCGCUGACGAAGAGCCCGAUCCCGGUGGCAAGUUGCAAGAUGGUGGCACGAGCAGUAGCAACAACGACUCCAGUCACGAGACCAGCGUCCCGUCGUCCGAAAGUCCGAGCCCACGCACCGGCCUGUCGCGCCGCCAGCGCAAGAAUCGCCGCCGCGACGACUCCUCGCCCGAGCAAAAGCGUAAAUUCCGCAACCGAAAGAGCGAACUCGCCGUCAGCCGCAAGCCCAUCGUCCAUACGCCCCUAAAACAAUUUCUGAAAAUCGGAAACAUCCCCGAAUCCCAGCUGGCCUCGCUAAUGCAAACCUUCUUCCUCAGCCCCGAGCAGAUGCUAAUAAUGGGAUACCCGCUGGAGUACAGCGGCUACUGCAACCGUGCCAUCAUCUUCAAGAGUCCCCUGACCAUGCCGAAGGCCCAACAGAAAUUCCCGCAGAAAAGCGCGCCGCGCUACUCGAAGAUAAACGUGAAGGAGAGCAAGUUUGACGUGAACGCCCAAGAAUUUGUGCCGGGCAUGGAUUACUCCGAAAUCAAAGCGGAAUGGAACGCGAACCAUGAUAGCGGCCAGGGUUCCGCCAGCUCGAGCGUGUCAGAAGAAAACGACUCGGAAGGAAGCAGCACGAGCCUCGACUGUUACCCGCUCACGCCCCCCGACUCCGAUGCCGGCCAUCAGGAGACCCCGAAACCGCCCCAACUUAACGACUACGAGAUCGGCGAAUCACACAAUUGCGUACGGUGCGGGAACGUCUUCUUCAUCUCGAACCACGGCGAGUACCUCACGCAGGAGCAGUGCACGUACCACUGGGGCAAACUUCACAGUGUAAUCGCGACGAUGGGCAAACACACGCGGACCUGCUGCUAUGUCACCGAGUAUUCGUGCUGCCACGGGAAGCCGAACUCCCGCGGCUGCACCGUCGGCAAACUCCACGUGUGGAACGGCACCUCGGUCGGUUUUAACGGUCCGUACGAUUCGUACGUGCGCACCAGGCCGCGAAAAACGCUGCCGCCCGACGGCAAUUUCGGCGUGUACGCGCUCGACUGUGAGAUGUGCUACACGGUUCAAGGACUCGAGCUUACCAAAGUGACUGUGAUCGGAGUGGACGGACGAUUGGUUUACGAUAGCUUCGUUAAGCCAGAAAGCGAGAUAAUCGAUUAUAACACUCGCUUCUCUGGAAUUACGGAGAAGGACUUGAGUAGUAAAAGUGGAAUUAAAAGUUUACGCGAGGUACAAAACGAUAUAAUGGGCUUUGUGAAUGCCGACACGAUUUUGAUCGGACACGGGCUGGAGAACGACUUGCGUGCGCUGAGAAUUAUGCAUUACACGGUGGUGGAUACGGCGGUUGUAUUCGCACAUCCGAAUGGACUACCCUAUCGCAGAGCGUUAAAGUCGAUAACGUCCUGCGUUUUAAAGAGAGACAUUCAGUGUAGUGCCAGUGGGCAUAACAGUUACGAGGACGCCCGCGCCUGCAUGGAGUUAAUAUUGUGGAAGGUCCGUAGAGACUUUCUAAAACCGAUGGACCCCUACUAGUGAUAUUUUCGUACUCGUCAUACCUUCAUUCGUGCCUUUAUUUAUUGCUGCAAUACCAUUCUCAUUUUUUUUUACGUUUUCUCCAUUUCUUUACUUACAUUACGUCUAAAUGUACUGAAGGAAAUGUGAUGUUAGUUUGUAAGCGUAACACUAUGCUUAAGAAACGAUAGUAUUUUAUGUUCCUAGAAAGCGAAUCUAUAAAUACGUGUUUUGUACGACUCUAGUUUGUAAUUUUUUUGAUAAUAAUACUUGAUAGAAUGGCCGACGACAAAACGGUAAGCAACUAUUUUACUAUUACGAUGAUAACACAUUUUAAAAUGUUCAAUGAUGUUUAAUACAUUGAAAUAUAACUUUAUUAUAUUUGUCAA